GCUGCUGCGACUGCGCAGUGAGGCACGGUGUUGGUGUUAUGGCGGCGGUAAAUACUUCUGCCCUUGGACAAACGACACAGAAUUUGAAUCAAGGAUUGCAUACUGUGAGUGGGGUUCCUGCCAUGAGUAUCAAUGGCCCCCAUAUGCUGGCAACCUUCACGCCAGAAGAUACCCUACAGCAAAUGGAUGAACUGAUUAAAGAGAACAAUGAGUUAAAAGAAGCAAUCAAGCAAACAAAUCAUGCAAUGAAAGAACGUUAUGAAGAGCUUGCAACUUGGAGGGAAAAGCAGAGGGAAGAAAGGGACUAUAUUCAGAACAAGUUUGAAGAGGCCAAAACCCGAUUAACAGACCUUAGUACAGAGAAUGAAAUUUUGAAGAGCAAAAUACAAGAAUUGAAUGCUGAUACUACACAGGAAGUACCCAAAGGUGCAAUCUCUAAUCAGAUGAAACAAGAUAUUCAACAACUGAAAGCGCUUGUUAGCAGGCUACAGACAGAAAAGGCUGAUUUGGUUGCCAUGAAUUCAGAGCUUCUGCUGAAAUUGGGUGCCUCAUCAUCUGAUGAUUCAUUUGUUGAAAUUCAAAUGGAGGCUGCAGAUGAUGGUGAACUGAAAGCAGGAAAGGAAAUGCAAUGCAAGAGUGUCGACAGCCAAACAGUCUACACGUCAGACGUACGUGAUAGUACUGGAAAACGCCUGCUGUCAGAAGAGUUAACAGUUAGCCAACUCCUUCAUAUGCUGAGGGACAAGACUCUGAAUUUGGAAAAGCUUGAGCAUGAGCUUCAAUCUUCAAAACAAAGGAUUUCAGAGUUGGAGAAAGUGUGUGAAACAGCUGAGCUUGCGAGGCAGACUGAGAAAAAUGCAGCAGAGCAGCUUUUGUCUGUUACCAGACAGGAAUUGGCGCCUGGGACAAUGCUGAUUGAUGUCAGUAUAGAGCAACAGAAUACUGAAACAACAGCUGCUCCAGUAGAAGGUUUGAAUAAUCCGAACAAUCAAUCUUCAAAUGAAGUUGAAGCAUUGAAGUCCCAAGUGAUGUCAUUAGUAAAAGAUUUGCAGGAAGCCCAGAAAAAGCUGGAUGAAGCUGAACUUAUAAAGAAAUCACUUAAUGAGAGAUGCCUUGAUUUGGAACAACAGCUGGCAAACAGCCAGGUGGCAGUGGAGGAGACAAGGCAGCUUGGAUUUUCCAAUGAAAAGUUGAAGCUGCAAGUGGAAAGCUUACAAUCAGAACAUCAAAUUGAACAAAUGAAAUUAGCAGAUGAAAAAAUAAAAUUAGCAGAGGAAAAAAGAAAACUUGCGCAGAUCCAAGAGGCCUAUGAACAUUUAUUUCAAGAUUACAACAACCUUAAGAAGUCUAAUGAAGAAGUGAAAGUUAAAGAGAAUAAAAACAUGGAGCAAAUCAAUGAACUAACUGUUGACCUGGAUGUAGCUAAAAAAACAAUGGAAGCAAAUCAGCAAGCUAUUGCUGAACUGACGAGGACUGUUGAACAGCAAGCAUACGACCUGAAAGUACAGAAAGCAAACACUGCUGGUUUAGCUGAUCUCUCUAGUCAGUUAGACAUGGCUGAGAAAGCCCUGGCGGAAAAGCAGCAAAAGAUUGAUGAAAUGAAACAGACGAUUAUAAAACAAGAAGAGGAAAUAGAAACUGUGGCUGUGUUCCGAGCACAGGCUGACGUUUAUAGUGCAGAUUUCCAUGCAGAAAGAGCAGCUCGAGAAGCAAUUCAUGCAGAAAAGGAGUCACUGGCUGAAAGGGUGAACUUGCUAAUGAAAGAAAACACAAAGAUGAAGGAAGAACUGGAUGCAUUUAGCAGACAAUCUUUGUUUGAACUACAGCGCCGUCAUAGCAAUCUAGGGGCUGAGGACAAUGUAGCAUUGCAGCAACAGGUUCAACAAGGACCUGACAAUCUUGCUUGGGAGCUGCAGGGGGUUCUGCCAGAACAUGCUUGUCCAAAGUGUGGUACCAUCUUGCCUGACAUAGAUACCCUACAAAUACAUGUCAUGGAUUGUAUCAUAUAAGAAGAUCUAACUAACCACUGAUGUGGUUCUUAUAGCUAUGCAAACACGUUGGAUUUUCUUUGCCUUUAUUGGAGGAUGGAGAAGAAAGGAUGCUAAUUAUAACUACUUUUAUCUAAUUUCUUCUCAAGCUUCUAUUUGUGAAAUUGUACAAUAAUUCCCAAACUUGUUCUUGCAUUGACCUCAUUUCAGUGUUUGCAAAUUGUUGUGACUUUUAUGGGAGCUAAGAGGGGGUGGGGGUGUACACCUGUUAUAAGUUGGUGACCAUUGGUGCGUCAGAGCUUAUGACCCACUUGGGUCCUGACCCCUAUUUUGGCAAGCCCUGAUCUCAUACUGCCUUUAUUUGCUUGUGUGAACAUAGUGUUCAUUUAUCUUUAGGAAUGUAAUUCUAAAGAAAAUGAACCAAAGGACUUAACAUUCUGAACAGUAGCUUCAGAGGUUGCAUAUUACAGUGCUAUUUAUUUCCUACAUGUUUGUUGAUGAGUCACUGAACAUUGUGUUUUUCCACAAGUACUUUGGGUUAUAAGUAAAAACAGUUUGGUAAAAUAGGGCAGACCUAAUCUAGACUUCAGAGGAGAGUUUCAGAAUUGUGCUAAAGGAAAUUGUACCAUUCCAAGUCUCUCAAUCUUUCAGUAUAUAAUUGCAGUCAUAAUUAGGCAGGGGCUAAAAUUGAAGCGAUGCAGUUUCCUGACUGAUGUGAUAGGUUAAUUUCUUUGCCAAAGAUAAAGGCUAAAUAUUCUAGUUCAGCUCCACAUGAAGAAUUUAUUCAUCAAGAAUAAAACAAUUGUACUGCUUACAGUGUGUAUGUUGAGUAGCAAACUGGGUUAUAUAUUGAUCAGUAUUUCUGGGCAUAGGUCUUAUGAAGAAAAAGAUAUUCCUCUCAGGGAUGCCUGCUGACUUAUUCCAAGAUAAAAUUAAUUUAGGCAUUUGUUAUCCAGUUCUCUUUUUCGACCACCUCACUAAGUAGAGCUACAGGAAGGUCCAGAGGACAAGGAAUUUUGUGCAGGAGCAGAAAUCAUUUUAUGACUAAUCCUGGACUUCACUAAAGUAACUAUUUUCAGAGUUUAGGAGCAUUAGUCAAAAAUAAUUUUCAGAGAUAUUGGGUGGGAGGUUUUAAAAAAAAAAGCAAAGUAGCUGAGAUAGUAUAUUGAAUGGGGGUGAAAAAACCACAAAAUAAGUUUCUGAAUGUUACAUUUGGCAAUUGUAUUGAGUCAAUGCUUUUUUUUGAAAAGAUUGUAAUUAUUGUCAUGUCAGGAUUUUUUUAUUUGCAGAGAUUAUUUUAGUGAAGCUAAUCUUUUGGCUAAUUCAAUUAUAUUAAGCUGGAUUCAUGCUAAGAUUAAGUCGUUUGUCUACAAAAUACAAUGAUAAUUAGGCACUUUAUUUACUGUAUUUACAUCAGAUAAAUGCAAGCAGUUUCAAUCUGCAAAAUAACUGAAUGUCAAAGCCUGUUUCAAGAAUUGAAAUAAAUAUUUGUUGUGGCUGUUCA